CUUAGCUUGCAGAUACAUCACCACUACAACGCAGCUUAUAUACUGAGAUAUUUGAGAAGAUCGAUGGCAGGCGUCUGGGUGUUCAAAAACGGUGUGUUUCGGCUGGAAAACCCGCAGUCGGAGGGUUCGUCGUCGUCGUCGUCGGGGGCGGGGAAGAGGAAGGUUCUGGUGUACUUGCCCACAGGGGAAGAGGUGAGGUCGUACAGCAGACUGGAGAAAAUAUUGUGUGGAUUAGGGUGGGAAAGGUACUACGGUGGAGACCCAGAAUUGUACCAAUUUCACAAGCAUUCUUCCAUUGAUCUCAUCUCUCUGCCUCGCGACUUCUCCAAGUUCAACUCCGUUUACAUGUACGACAUCGUCGUCAAGAAUCCCAACCUCUUCCACGUCAGACAUGUCUGAUCUCGUGUCUCUGUCUCAUCUCAUCAUUGAUUCUAUGCCCAGUGAUCAGUGUUUUUUUUUUUUUCCCGUUUUUAAGGUCAUUAAUUUCUUAGUCACUGAUGUGUAUUUUUCCUGGUAUUCUAGCUAGAGGCUGUAGGUAGAGCCCUAGCCACUGAAUAUUGGGUUGGUUUUUGUCUGGCUUUCUUCCUGAUCGAUGAAGAAUAAGGUGUUUUAGCUGUGUUCCUUAAUUAGGAUUUGUCUCUGACUUUGGUGGUGUGUAAUAGUAAUAGUAAUAGAUGGAUAUACAGUUGUGAUCCAUGACUCUGUACGUAGAUUGUCUGAUUUACAUAUAUAUAAUGACAUCAUAACAUUAUGUUUUCAGUUUUA